AUGAAGUCAAUGCAGCCGAGACUGAUCGCUGUAGCAAAGCUUGAAAAAUUGCUACCUGCUUCCUCAGAGAGGGGGGCCGCCGGCUCUCCGCUCGAAAGAGGCAGUGGCGGGCCAGCGGCAGGGGCGGGCCGAGGCCGUCAAGCCCGCCUGGUUGCCCCUUUCCCGUUUCCCCCGCCGUGUGCAGUGGCAGUGAGAGCAGGGGCAGUGUCCCCCCCCUCCCCCAGCACACACUUCGCGACAGCCUCCGCUGUUUUCAUUUCCCUCCCGCGUGAAUUUACGCAGGAAGCCGUCAAAAGGAAUGGCUGGGGCGAUCUUCUCACUCCUUUUCCCCUUCCCCUGCCCUGCACGACAGGGCAAAGAGCGGUCUUUCUUGGCUUGCCGCCCCCCCACCCCUGCCAUGAGCGGCAGGAACUGCUCAUUCGCUUCCUCCCCUCCUUCCCGUGGGGCCAAGCGGCACUGCAAAAGGGCAAAUGGGGCGGCAUUCGCCACUUUGAGACAGCUUUUACGCUGUGGGAGGUGCUUCGCUUGAAAUUUAAGCUUCUUAAGGCAUCAGUUUCUGGCGACUCUGGUGGUAUGGGUGAGGCAUCUGGAAAAUCCUCUUUGGACCGAAGCCCCCUUAUCCUGCCAGCAGAGGUCCAGAGGUAUCAGAGCCAAGAACCCUUGGAACAGAGUAUAUGUUUCAGGAGACCUUGUAGCAGAUGGUGAAACUAAAAAUGUUGAAAAAAGGAGGUGCCACCCUAGGAACUCCCAUUCAGAAAGAAACAAAAGGUUUACUGGAAAACCGAGUACCAGGAGGAGACCCAUCAAGAUAAGGUGGCCAAGCGAUCCACACCUCAGUUGACACCCUCGAAGAUCAUCAGGCACUAUCAUCCAUAUCUCAACCAUUCAUCAGUCAUAAGGAUCUAUAGAAAUUGGACAUUAACAUAUGAACUGAGAAAAGAACUCUUUUCAGCCUGGUCGGAGACACCCUUGAAUUUGAAUAGCUAGCCGGGAAACAAAGGGAAAUAUGGGGAAAUAUUGCCAAGGGCAGAAUAAAGUGUAUAAAAACUAAGCCCCGAACCGGGCAAAUUUGUGAACCGUAGGGGAGACAGCAGACUGCCAGGUUCUGUGUCUCACAGUUCACCCUUGGCAUUUUCCCGGGAAAAAGACUGUCAAGUGUCUCCGCUGUUUUUGGGUUUAUCGAAAUUCUGUGAUUCAAUCUUUAUUAAUAAACCAAAUUAUUAUUUUAA